AUGCUUCUAAGAAGCGCGUCAACGCCGGUUAUGAAUCCAUGGCUUCCACACUCAAACUCAAAGGAUUCAUCUCCGGAACCGGAAUUCUUUCAUCGAAACCCGAAAUCCAGAUCUGUUACGUUCUCGCCUUCGUCGUCGAGUUCGCCGAUUUCAGAUUCGAUGAACAAACUGACUCGAGCACUUUCGGAUACGGAUCUCUCUGUUCCUCCCUUUCGGAAGCCGCUCCACCGCCGUCAAUUCGAUGAGGACGAUGAAGAGAGCAGAUCUCUCGGUUUCGGUGCUCGUUCCAGAUCGGCGUCGUUUAGUUCCGCGUUAUGUUCUUUAUCUGAGAUGGAAGAAAUCCCGACUGGAGUCGAUGUUGACAGUGGUGUGUUGCUGGAAGAAGGAGGUGGCGACGGCGGUGGAUUCGACAAAAACGACGGUGGAGUUUCGAGAUUCGGUAAUUCGAAUCACGGUAACGAUAGCACCGAUUUGUAUUACCGUGCAAUGAUCGAAGCGAAUCCAGGGAAUCCACUUUUUCUCAGCAACUACGCGAAGUUCUUGAAAGAGGUUCGUAAAGAUUAUGUGAAAGCUGAAGAGUAUUGUGGAAGGGCAAUAUUGGCAAAUCCAAAUGAUGGUAACGUUCUGUCACUUUACGCGGAUUUGAUAUGGGAGUGUCAUAAGGAUGCUCAUCGAGCCGAGACUUAUUUUGAUCAAGCAGUUAAAGCAGCGCCGGAUGAUUGUUAUGUUCUAGCGUCGUAUGCACAUUUUCUUUGGGAUGCUGAGGAAGAAGAGGAUGAAGUUGAAGAAGAAUCCUCUGGGAAAGGUUUUGGUUUCUUUAAUGGAGGUUCUAUGUCAACAACUCCUCCACCGAUGGCGGCUGCUGCUUCUUGA